CUAGUCAGACACCUCGGUAGCUUUCUGGCAAACAUAGCUACAACAUUCACGCUCUUUACACUGUUUUGGUGUUUUAAAGUUCUGUCGUUUAACUAGUUACCUUAUUUAAUGUUAUAUGUACAUUGUUACUCAGCUAGCUGGCUUAAUAAGUUAGCUUAGAGCUAGGCUAGUCGCUAAUGCUACCUAGCUAACUUCUCCGACCAUGAGUUCACUGAGCUGCUCUCCUCCUGAUAAAGAAGAGGAGGUCUGCUGGACGGAUGAAGAGGGUCUGUGGCUGAAUGUUGUCGUGAAAGAGGAGAAAGAAGAGGAGGAUGUCACCGUUAAAAAACAAGUAGAGGUUGAGUCUGUUCCGGUUAAAGACGAAGAGAAAGACGUUACUGUGAAAGAAGAGGAAAACUCGUUCAGAGUGAAAGAGGAGGAGGAAGAGCAAGAGGCGGAUGCAGGAGAGGGGGAGAUGACUGUCACAUUGAAAGAAGACGACGAGGAGGAGACAGAACAUCUGAUUAAGACCAGAGAGAGACCAGCCUCUCACUCUGACAGCAGAAAGAGUCCUUCAGGGGAACCAGACCCAGAGACACCCAAACCAGGGAGACAACACCACUGCUCCCAAUGUGAAAAGAGAUUUUCCCAAUUAGGGGACCUAAAACGGCAUGAGAGGAUACACACAGGGGAGAAACCUUUCCAAUGUUCCCAGUGUGGAAAGUGUUUUAACCGCUUAAGCAACCUGAAGGCGCAUGAGAGGACACACACACAUUAUUUCCAAUGUUCCCAGUGUGGGAAGCAUUUUGCCUGCUUAAGCAGGCUGAAGAGGCAUGAGAGGAUACACACAGGGGAAAAUCCCUACCAAUGCUCCCAGUGUGGGAAGCAUUUUACCCGCUUAAAGUGCCUGGAGGAGCAUGAAAAGAUACACACAGGGGAAAAGCCCUACCAAUGCUCCCUGUGUGGAAAGAGUUUUACCAACUUAAGACAUCUGAAUAAGCAUACAUCUACCAGUGCUCUUAUUGUGGAAAGACAUUUUCCCAGUCAGACGACCUGAAAUCACAUGAGAGAAUAGAGAGGCUGUGUUCUGACUUGUGUUUUUUUAUUUUAAUAAACUUGCAAAAAUGUAUUUAAAAAAAACAGUUUUUGCUUUACACACACUGAAUAAGCAUGAAAGAAUACAUACACAGGAGGAGAAGACAUACCACUGCUCUCAGUGUGGAAAGACAUUUUCCCAGUUAGAGGACCUGAAAUCACAUGAGAGAAUAGAGAGGCUGUGUUCUGACUUGUGCUUUUGACCUGAGAAUUUAGGUUUUUUUUUUGCCAAAUGAAAUCAUAUUGUUUAUAUGAAAUCAUUAACAAAAUAGACCUACUUUUGUUUUAAUUUUCAUCUGGAGACCUGAUCUAAAAUCAGAUUAAACACAAUUUGGAGUUUUGUUUUGAUUAUAAACUUUAAUGGAUACAACUAUAAACCCUCUGUUGUUCAUUAUAAUUUGGGGAUUCAUUAUUAUAUAUUAUAUAUAUUAAUAUAUAUAUAUAUUAUUGGAGUUUUGGAUUUCUUGAUUUUAACGUUUAUCCUCUUGAAUGUGAUCUGGCUUUUCACCAAAUUCAUUUGAUUGAAUACAUGAUUUAGAUGUAGAUAUUGUAUUACACGAUUUAGAUAUUGCACCAUGUAAAUUAUUGAAUAAAUUAAUAGAAUGUGCAUUUCUUGAUUUUGAAGUUUGAAACCUCUUGAAUUUAGUAAUUUUUGUUUCAUUGAGUUAAUUUGUUUACUAGACACGUCAAGAUAAAGGACAAUGACAACGUGGUGGUGUUUUUAUAACAACAUGGAUAAGUUGUUGACAUGAAAAACAUGAAUGUUCCCAUCCACUAUGUAGAAGCAGUAUAGAGUUGUUUAUUUUGAUAUUAUCUGUUGACUGAAUAAAUCAGAGCUAGUUGUUGA